CUCUGCACAGCAUCACAGCAUUCUGCAUUUCAGCAUUUCUCUCUGACUUUCGACAGCAGCGGCUGGUUUCUCAGAGCAGCACAGAUCAUGGGCAGAGAGGGAGGCGGACCUCUGCGCAGAGCUGUUUUCCUCUGAGCCCACCGAAGGAGAGACGACAGCAGGAGUGAACGCACCAUGACGAGGGGAGAGGAGCGUUUCAGGACGGCAACACUUCGGAGAGUCGUUCCUGCAGAGUGAACUCGAAGGACGAGUGAGUCAGAGGAGAAGAAGAGGACUGCAAAAACCACGAAGAACAACCACCAGUCCGCCCCUGCUUGAACCUGUGCCGUAAGGACCAGGGCUGAGGAUCACAGAGACCACCAUGACAAAAACCUCCUUCACUACACCUGCCACGUCCACCCUCCAGCCCCCGCACGCCUCCUUUUCCCUCCUCGCCACAAAGAUCAGCGACAUGAACUUGACCGCGACCCCCGACCCCUGGUGUGCGGAACAUAACGCGCUGCAUAUCCCGUUCGCGGUGCUCUACUCCGUGAUCUUCGUCCUGGGUCUGGUCGGGAACCUGGUCGCUCUGUGGGUCUUCUUCUACAUCCACUCCAAGAAGAACUCCGUGCGGGUGUUCCUCAUUAACGUGGCGUUUGCAGACUUGCUGCUGGUGGUGUGUCUGCCCUUCAGGAUUCUCUACCACAGCCACGGUGACGUGUGGAAUCUGAAUCCAACCUUGUGUAAAGUGGUGGGGAACGUCUUCUACAUGAACAUGUACAUGAGCAUCACGCUGCUGGGGCUGAUCAGCGUCGAUCGCUACCUGAAGAUGCACCGAGGUUCAGGGACGCGGCACAGACUCCAGUCCACCAGGUGGAGCCGCGCCCUCUGCGCUGUCGUCUGGAUCUUGGCGUCCGCCUUGACUUUGACGUAUAUGAUAUCAAAGAAUAACAGAGGAGAGCAGAACAGGUGUUUCCACUACAGGCAGCUCCUCAAUGAGAAGUGGAAAGCCUACAUCAACAUCUUUCUGCUGGUGCUCUUCUGGCUCGUGUUCAUCUCUCUGGUUGUGUCUUACGGAAAGAUCGCCCACCGGCUUCUGAGAACAUCUCAAGAGAAACCAGACCUGCCCAACACGGCCCGCUACAUCAGGACCGCCAAGAAGUCCUUCUUCAUCCUCUUCCUCUUCACCGUCUGCUUCGUGCCCUAUCACAUGGUCCGGGUCUUCUACAUAAAGACUCAGAUCACAGAGACAUCCUGCUACUGGAGGGAUGUGGCCGACAAAGCCAACGAGGUGUCUUUGCUGUUUUCUGCCCUCAACAGCUGCCUGGAUCCGGUGAUGUACUUCCUGUUGUCCUCCUCGGUGAGGAAGGAGGUGCUGCGUUUGAUGAGCAACCUGCUGUGUGUGAGAGAUCUCACCGUAGGAAGCGGGAGCAGCUCCACCAAUGAGGGGGACGGCAGGACCGGGAAAACCGACAGAGGACAGACGAACCGCGUCUUCACCUCCAAUGUGAAGGAGACGGAGUCGGCAGAUAUUGGAUCCAACCUGGACUGCGAGGGUUCUCUGAAACAGUGAGCCUCCGUCACCUGCAUCAACCAUGCUGCCCAACCAGAGGGCAGCGUCUGUUAAUCCUGUCACUGAGAUGACGAUGACAUUUUCCGCUUCGUGUCUGUGCAAAUGAACAAUCUUUAUGAUUUAUAGAUAUCUAUAUAGAUAGAUUUUAUUGUCUCCUUUUGCUCAAACUUGCAUUCAUUCUGUCAUGUACCAUUUCCUUCAAUUUAAAGCUACAGUCCCUCUAAGAGCAGGUGAUAACAGAAACCUGGGGACUUUUGAUGCUGAUACUAAUGUUGAUGUUCAUUUUUUAAUUUUCUUUACACAUCACAAAAAAAUAAAUAAAAAAUCUUCACCUCAA